AUGAUUUGUUCGCAGCAACUUUCUCUCAUUGGUUUGAUUGAAACUAAACACGAAAUGUUUGACGAUUUUAGUGUUCGCUUACUUUGGCCAAACUUGGAUUUUGAUUUUUGUUUUGCUCCUUCUACCGGAGCUUCGGGAGGUUUAUUAUGUGUCUGGAACAGAAAUUUAAUCUCUCCUUCAAGGAUUUUUAUAGCUAAUAGAUGGAUUAGCUUAGAUUUUUUAUGGAACAUGGUUUAUGUUAGGUUCAUUUUGGUCUACGCUAGUAACUGUCCUACCGAGCGGGCAUCUUUAUGGGGAGACAUCCUUUCCGGUCUGAAUUCUGAUAUGAUGUGCAUUGUGGUGGCCUUUUCUGAAUUUAUUUCAUCAGCAAAUUUGGUUGAGUCUAUUCUUCAUGUUUGGCCGAACUGCACUUUGAAGGCUCUUCCAAAAUCUUACUCUGAUCACAUCCCUAUUCUUUUUUCCUCUGAGAUUGCAAAAGAUUGGGGUUCGAAGCCCUUUAAAUCAAUUAAUGCUUGGUGGAGCCACAAAGACUUUGAUUUGUUUGUUCAAAAUUCAUGGAGUUCAAUCUCUGAAAGGCUCCCGAAUGCAAAUUUGGUGAUAAGAUUGCGAGAGCUCCGGUCAGUUAUUAAGAAUUGGAAUCGUGAGGUUUUUGGAGAUUUAAAUGUGAAACUUUCUUUGGUCCAAUCUGAAAUCUCUGCCUUGGAGGCUACAACCGAUUUUCAAUCUCUGAAUGAGGAGGACGGCAAUCAGCUUGCUUCUCUUAUGGCUGAUUUUGAUAAACUUUCUAAGCAUUUGGAAUCUCUAUGGCAACAUAAAUCAAGGCUUAAUUGGAAUUUAAACGGGGAUCGGAAUACGAAAUAUUUUCAUACAGUUGCUUCCAUCCAUUCACGGAGUAAUAUUAUUUCUGAUAUCUAUAUUGAUGGAGGAAUCAAGAAUAUUGCAGAGUGUUUUGAGGCCAAAAGAGUGAAGAAUGAGCCAAAGCGGAAGUCGAGUGCGGAAGGUGCAAAAGUCGGAAGCAAGCAAAGUUCAAUCUCCCCCCAUGAAGCAUGUCUCGAAUCGAGACAAGAGGAAGUAGAGAGUGUCUCGAUUCGACACACUAAACAAAAGGAGGCAGAUUGUUCUGCAAAAGCAUGUCUCGAAUCGAGACAUGUAACUUUGGUGGAUGUCUCGAUUCGAGCCAUGCACAAGGAGGAUUCUCAGCUUUUGUUCUCACACUCUCACAUAUUUCCUCAUUUGGCCAAGCAUCCUUUUUAG